GCUUGCUCCCCAAGCCAACCUUUGUAAAUAUAAACAGCGUAAACUUGGCAUCGCUGUCUAAAUUCGAAUUCCAAUAUUUCUUUUCUGCAAAAUAACACAAAACAUUCAUCCAAAUUCUCUAUUUUGCCCCAAAAUUCAAAAGUAACCGCCAUGGGAGGAGGAACAGAAGCUUUUCCUGACUUGGGAGCUCAUUGCGAGCACUCCGAUUGCCAUCAACUCGAUUUCCUACCCUUCAACUGCGAUGGUUGUCGCAAGGUCUUUUGCCUGGAGCAUCGAUCUUACAAGUCCCACCACUGCCCCAAAUCCGACCACAACAGCAGAAGAGUCCUCGUUUGCCAAACCUGUUCCACCUCCAUCGAAACCACCGGCCAACACGACGACGACAAGGCCUUGCUCGAGGCCCACAAGAACUCUGGUACCUGUGACCCUGCCAAGAACAAGAAACCUACUUGCCCCGUCAGGCGCUGCAAGGAGGUUCUGACCUUUUCCAACACCAGCACUUGCAAAACCUGCCACCUCAAGGUUUGCCUCAAGCACCGCUUCCCCGCCGACCAUGCUUGUCGCCGGACCUCUUCUUCGAAAGCGGCAUCGUCGUCGGUGGUUGGUGGAAAUGGUGGCUGGUGGAACAAUAAGUUCUUGGAAGCUUUGGCGUCAAGGAAAGGCAAAGAUUGUAGCAAAGCCACCGAGCCUGGUUCCGUGUCUCCUCCGUCUACCCCAUCAGUCAAAGCUUGCUGAGAGUGAUUUAUAUUCGGUUUCUUUUAUUAAUUAUCAAAUUACCGUAUUGUAUUUAUUCAUAUAUGGCUCAUGUUGAUUUAAGACCUAUAAUUCAAUACCAGCUUUAAGCUCAUAUUGUUUUCAA